CUGUCUCUCUCUCUCUGACUCUUGUCUCUGACUCUUGUCUCUGACUCUUGUCUCUGUCUGUCUCAACUCGCCGACUUUCCAUCCCAAACGCGCCACAUCAACGCCAGGCUCCACGACUCGAACCAUGACUUGCCACUUGCCGGGUCUGCUCCUCGUGGCGUUGAUGUUCGUGAGCGGAGGGCACAGCCUCAAAUGUUACUCGUGCAGCCCGACCAUCAAUAAUACUGCGUGCAACGCGGGCGGCCUCGUCACGUGUUCCGACGUUUCGCUGGAUACCUGCGCGACAAUUCUAGUAUACAAGGGCUCCUCCUACGUCCUCCUCAAGAGUUGCCUCGCCAAGGCCUAUUGCGACACCAUCACAGUAUUCGACUUCAGCUACAAAGGAGCCACGCUGACCACCACGUGCUGCCAGAGUGACGGUUGCAACGUCAACGCCGCCCCUCGACCGUUGGGCGCAGCUCACGUGACCCUGGCCCUGAUGGGCGUGGCCUCCAGCGUCGUGGUCAGCAGGGCUCUGGUGUAGCUCGUGACGUCACAGCCGCACCCCUCCCCCUCCUCCCACGUGACUGGGUUCUGUCCAAUCGCUUUUGCCCUUCCACUCGGUUGUCUCUCGACGCUUUUACCGGUGGAGUUGUGCAACGUUUACAUCGUCUAGAAUCUAGAUUGUUGCGUUACGCUGCUAAAGGAGUUCAACGUGCGUAUGUACAUACAUAGAGACAAGUAGACUCGUCACACAGAGACCCAUAGACUCAUCACGCAGAUACCCAUAGACUCAUCAUGCAGAGACCCAUAGACUCAUCACAUAGAUACCGAUAGACUCAUCACACAGAGACCCAUGGACUCGUCACACAGAGACCCAUAGACUCACCACAUAGAGACGCACAGACUCACCACACAGAGACCCAUAGAGACCUACAGAGACUCAUAGAGACCUACAGAGACCCAUAGACUCACCACACAGAGACCCAUAGACUCAUCACACAGAGACCCAUGGACUCGUCACACAGAGACCCAUAGACUCACUACACAGA